UGCUGCUGCUGCCGCCGCCGGCCGCCUUUGCCACAAGGCCUAGUGGAGGUUGCGGCGGGGCUGAUCCUUCGGAGUCCUUGAAGAUCAGGAAAUAAUGGCUGAAGAUGAACUUCGAGACAUCAUACAAAGAUGUCAAAUUCUGGAAGAAGAGGAUUUCAAAGGGGAAGACUUCAACCUUUUUCAAGUUGCGGGACAGAAGUGCUUUGAGGAAGGAUAUGUCACCGAUGUACUGGAGGUUGUUCAAAAUGAGAAAAACAAGGUUAUUGUCAAAAGCAUGGGCUGGAAUCUUGUUGGUCCUUUAAUCAGAUGCCUGCUGAAGUAUAAGCAAGAUGAAGUUGAGAGAGAACACUGCCUGAAAAUACUAGAUAAGUUGAUGGAGCUGUGCAGUCCCAAAGAGCUUGUGCUGGGUUUCUUGGAGCAGAUUGAACAAGCCUCCGGGGAACAUAGGUCUCGAACUAUUUUGCUUUUACUGAAGCCUCUGCAGGAAGUGCUUCUGAAACUCCAGAAUAAGAAAGCCUAUUCGGUGGGGUUGUCACUGUCUACCAUUUUGAACCAGAUUUCGCUUCUGCCAGUACCUUACACAAAGCAACAGCUACAAGAAGACAAGCAUGGUCUCUGCCAGUGUUGCAAUGCUUUAACACAUUUUGUGAAUCCUUUUGUGGAAGAGGUUGUUAAACACAUGGAGACCUCAUCAGGUGGAGAUUACAAAGAACUGAAGGAGGAAUUGCUAAGAUAUUGCCUGAAAAGCUUGAAAUAUCCCCUGCUAAUGGCAGAGCUGGAUCAGCUGUCUGAAGAUACUCCUCAGUAUUCCCUAAGGCAGUUUGCUGCGGACAUACUAGGCAUUUUGCUGGAUAUUAGAGAAUUGCUCCCAAAAGUAUUCUCUUGGCAUAGAUGCAAAUAUGAAUGCUGGGAUGAGGACAUACUGGAAAUGGACAAAGAGCAAUCAGCAGAGUCUCUGGCAUGUCUGUCUUACAUGGUGUUUGUUCAGGACUGCUUUGGUAUUGACUGCCUUCCAGUCGUCUUCAACCCAUCAUACAUUCUGCAGUGCAAUAUGGUGCAUGUUGGAGUUCUGUUGAAAAGGACAGAAGAAUCUAUUUUAUCAAAAGGACUUGCGCUAUUGGAGAACUGUCUACUGAGGCUGGAAGAUAAUAGCCUUUUGCUUGAGUAUUUGGAGUUCAAAGGCUUCAUUACAACACCUCAGGAUUUGGUAAAGGUCAUGACGCUGUGCCCUUUUGAACAUCUGAGAAAGAAGAGUUUAAAGAUUUUACAAUUGUAUAUAGAGAAGUUUGAAGAAGAGGGGAAAUUCACGUUGUUCAGAUGUUUGUUGAAGACAAGUAACCAUUCUGGGGUAGAAGGAUUCAUCAUUCAGAAUAUUAAAAAUCAAAUUGAUUUAUCCUUACAGAGUCCAACGGGAAGUAAGUUUUUUACUGGACUCCAGUUGGCCUCACUGUUAGACAUAAUACUCUCACUUCCUGAAGGUGCUGAAACUGAUCUUCUUCAGAACUCAGACAGGAUUAUGGCAUCACUAAACCUGCUGCGAUAUUUAGUCAUUAAGGAUAAUGAAAAUGACAAUCAAACCUGUGUGUGGACAGAACUUUGCAAAAUUGAAAGAAAUUUCUUGAAGCCCUUGCACACGGGACUUAAUAUGUCAAGAGCACAUUAUGAAGCAGAAAUAAAGAAUAAAAAAGAGAACAAAAGAGAAUCUCAUGUUUCCAAGAAGAUUUGCUCUUUAACAGUAGCUGGAGAAAAGAUGCCCCACAUGACAACUGAAAUGGAGCUUCAGGUUCUCCACUCAGCUCUUUACACGUUUGAUUUGAUAGAGAGUGUUCUUGCCAGGGUAGAAGAACUCAUUGAAACCAAAACAAAUGCUGCAGCUGAAGAAACUACUAGGAUCAAGUGAUGCUUUCUGCCUCCCUUAUCCCAAUAGUGUUUCACAUUGUGCACUCUGUUUCUACUUCUGCAUUAUGACUUUACUUGAAAAGAUAAAAAUACCAACCUUUUAAGUAUACACCAAGUCGUCAUUACAUAGCUACUGGUAAAGAAGGUCCAAGAAUAUUUUUCUACACCUUCAGAUUUUGACGGAAUUGUUAAACCUGAUCGGUAUUUUUUCAAAAUACGUGUAGAAGUGUGUCUUAGCAUUCAUUAAAAACGUUCGGCCAAGAUCAGUGAAAGGAA